AUGGGUACUGAGGUUAUGCAAGAAGAUGGGAAGGAAUUGGGGAAAGUUGUUAAAUCUUACUGCAAGGAGGUUGAUAAUAGUAUUAACAUGGGAAUUAAUGGGAUUGUUGAAAAUCCUAAAAGUAGGGAGAAAGCUCAAGAAGAGAAUUAUUCCAGCUCUGCUAUUGAAGGGAGAAUGUUGAUUAUUUGGAAGAAAGUUUAUGCUAGGGUGAUUGUGAUUGAAGAAACCAACCAAUAUGUGCACUGCUAUGUGAAAUUAGCUAGCCACACUAAGGCUUUUUAUGCUACGUUUGUGUAUGGGUUGAAUGGUCUGGAGGAGCGCAAGUUGUUAUGGAAGGGCCUAGCUAAUCUAAGAUUCCCUGUCAAACCUUGGAUUAUUCUAAGUGAUUUCAAUGCUCUUCUUAACUAUGGUGAAAGAGUUGGGGGUAAAUCGGUUACUAAGGCUAAGAUUGAAGACUUUAAUGUGUGGUUAAGUUUGGGUCAAGUGGAUACAAUGAAGAGGGUGGGCUGUUAUUAUACUUGGUCCAGUAAUCAAGGAGGUCAUGAUAGAAUUUAUUCUAGAAUUGACCAUGCUUUUAUGAAUGAGGAUUGGUUGGAUUUAUUCCCUAAUUGGAUGGCUACUUUCAGCUGGGAAGUGGUUUCGGACCAUUGUGCCAUUCUUGUCUCUUUGAUAGUUAUGGUGGAGAUAGGUGUGAAGCCAUUCGAGUUCUUCAACUACAGGUGUGAGCAUAAAGAUUUCAAGAAUGUUGUCUUGGAAAGCUGGAUGGGCAAUGUUGAGUUUGACCACCAGAGGGCUAAAGAAAAAUUUCAAGAGGCUAAUUUGAAGGCUCAAGCUAAUCCGGGGAUAGAGAAAUUCAUAGAAGAAGAGAAGUUAGCUCCUGAUAAUUUUAAGAGAAGGGAGGAGAACAGGAUAACAAGUUAUGUUGAUAAUCAAGGCAAUUUAAUUGACAAUCAUCCUGAUGUUGUAGAGCAUUUUAUUAACCAUUUUAGAGCUACAUGGAAAGUUGCAGCUUGGUUAUUAGCAGGCUUGACAGCUGAAAUUAGAGCUGAAGUCAGUAAUGCUAUUAAGGAGUUCUUCAUUACUGGUAAGAUCCCUACCCAAUUUAAUGAAACUCGCAUAUACCUUGUCCCUAAAGUGGAGAUUCCUGUGAGGGCCAUUGAUUAUAGGCCAAUUGCUUGUUUCUCUACAAUUUACAAAUGCAUCACUAAGCUAAUUAGUAAAAGACUUGCUAAAGUACUUCCUUGGAAGAUUGUCUCUUCUAGGUGUGUUAUCAAAACAGACUUAAGUAAAGCCUAUGAUACUGUAGAUUGGGGAUUUGUUGAGGACUUACUUGUAGGUUUAAACUUUCCCUCCAAAGCUUCUCGGAGGUUACAGGUUUAUUUCCUAAUAAGUCUAAGUCUCAGGUUUAUUUUGGAGGUGUCUUCUAAUGAUAAAGCUGAAAUUUUGAAUAUGCUACAAUUUGGUGAGGGGUCAUUCCCUCUCAGAUACCUUGAGGUCUCGUUAAGGCCAACCAAGUGGAGACGAGAAGAUUGUGAUGCUAUUCUUAAGAAGAUUAAAAUGAGGCCGGUUACCUGGAGUAUAAUCAAGGAAGUUGAGCGGCUUUGUAGGGAUUUCUUAUGGGGGAUUAAGGGAGAAAUAUGUAAGAUUAAUUUGGCUUCUUGGGACAAAGUUUGUCUCCCUAAAGCUUAUGGAGGCCUGGGGUUCAAAAGUGGUCCUAAUUGGAAUAGAUCUAUUCUUGGAAAAUUUAUUUGGGCUAUCAUGGAUAAGCAUGACAUUCUUUGGGUUAAAUGGAUAAAUAACAUCUAUAUGAAGGGAGUUGAGUUUUGGGAGUAUGAGUUGAAGGGAGAUACUUAUAAUGGGCUAAUUCAACUUGAUGCUGACAUGUUCUACAAAGCUGUUUGGUGUAAUGUUUCUCUGCCCAAGCAUAGAUUUGUUCUUUGUGAGGAAGAGGAGAGUCUUCAUCAUCUCUUCUUCGGCUGUUUUGUUUCCAAGGCAGUUAUGAAUGAGGUGUUUGAUUGGGUGGGUUAUCCAGCUUGGCCGAUAGAGUUCAACAGCUGGUUAUGUUGGAUAACAGGGAAGAUUUCCGGUGUGAUAACUUUGAUCUAG